AAGGCCAUAGACAAUACAUCCAUUCGUCAGUUUUCGGGCGAGAAGGCAGCGCAGUUUGGUGUUUCACUGAGCGGACUGCCAAAAGAAAACUGAAACAUGGCAAAAACCAUCUCCGUUAACCAGGCUGCCAAGGAGCAUGCCCUUGCUGUAUCCCGUGACUUCAUAUCGCAGCCCCGUCUCACUUACAAGACGGUGUCAGGUGUAAACGGCCCCCUGGUCAUCCUUGAUGAAGUCAAAUUCCCCAAGUUCUCAGAGAUUGUCCAGCUCAAACUUGCUGAUGGAACACUCCGAUCUGGACAGGUACUUGAGGUCAGCGGCUCUAAAGCCGUUGUGCAAGUGUUCGAGGGUACAUCGGGUAUUGACGCUAAAAACACUCUCUGCGAGUUCACAGGCGAUAUCCUGCGUACACCCGUCUCUGAAGACAUGUUGGGUCGUGUGUUCAACGGCUCGGGUAAGCCAAUUGACAAAGGUCCUCCAAUCCUGGCUGAGGACUUCUUGGAUAUCCAGGGUCAGCCCAUCAACCCCUGGUCACGUAUCUACCCCGAGGAGAUGAUUCAGACAGGUAUCUCCGCUAUCGACGUGAUGAACUCAAUCGCCCGAGGUCAGAAGAUCCCCAUCUUCUCAGCUGCUGGUCUGCCUCACAACGAGAUUGCCGCCCAGAUCUGUCGACAGGCCGGUCUGGUCAAGGUGCCGGGCAAAUCUGUGUUGGACGACCAUGAGGACAACUUUGCCAUUGUGUUUGCUGCUAUGGGUGUCAACAUGGAGACAGCCAGAUUCUUCAAGCAGGACUUUGAAGAGAACGGCUCUAUGGAGAACGUGUGCUUGUUCUUGAACCUCGCCAAUGACCCCACUAUUGAGAGAAUCAUUACUCCACGUCUGGCGUUGACCGCUGCUGAGUUCUUGGCUUACCAAUGCGAGAAACACGUGUUGGUUAUCUUAACCGACAUGUCUUCGUACGCUGAGGCUCUGCGUGAGGUGUCUGCUGCCCGUGAGGAGGUGCCCGGACGACGUGGUUUCCCAGGUUACAUGUACACCGAUUUGGCGACCAUCUACGAGCGCGCUGGUCGUGUUGAAGGUCGCAAUGGCUCCAUCACUCAGAUUCCCAUCUUGACGAUGCCUAACGAUGACAUCACGCAUCCAAUUCCCGAUUUGACGGGUUAUAUUACUGAGGGACAGAUCUACGUGGACCGUCAGCUGCACAACAGACAGAUCUAUCCUCCGGUGAACGUACUGCCGUCUCUGUCCCGUCUGAUGAAGUCCGCCAUUGGUGAGGGCAUGACCCGCAAAGAUCACUCUGAUGUCUCCAACCAGCUGUACGCUUGCUACGCCAUCGGUAAGGACGUGCAGGCGAUGAAGGCUGUGGUGGGUGAGGAGGCGCUGACUCCUGAUGAUCUGCUCUACCUCGAGUUCCUCACCAAGUUUGAGAAGAACUUCAUCACACAGGGCAACUACGAGAACCGCACUGUGUUCGAGUCGCUGGACAUCGGCUGGCAGCUGCUGCGUAUCUUCCCCAAGGAGAUGUUGAAGCGUAUCCCUGCAUCCACUCUCGCAGAGUUCUACCCGCGUGACUCCCGCCACUAGGCUCCACAAUACCCUGUUACCGCGAUCCCACUUCACCUCUCUACGGUUAGUUAAUCUAUGGUCCGCAUUAUAUGUCUAUUUAUUCUAUGACCAAGAUUGACAUGUGUCAAAAUUUUUUGUCUAUGGUCAGCUGUCAAAUUGUUCGUUCUUCCCGCGUUUUAUAUUGGGAGAUUUAUAUCGGAUUGGAAUGUCGGAUCGCGUAAAUCUUGUAAGAUAAAAUAAACUGUUUAUUAAAUAGUAAGUUGUUAAUAGAUUUAUUGUAAUGUAUUAUCUAUAUUAUGAUCAAGUUGCAAAAUUAUAACAAUAGUGUUGCUAUGUUGAUUUAUAGUUGUCUAUGGCUAGACUCAGCCAGUGUGUGUUGUUACAGUUUAAAAAAAUAUUUCCGUCUCUGUAUAUAUAUUUUUCCCGAUAUUAAGAGAUGAAUUAAUAAAAAAUAUAUAUAAAGUGACAUUAUUUUUUUUUCGCUGGUGCUUCAGACAUGUAUACUCUGUGCACAAAAUUGUUGCAAUUAAAAGUAGAUGUUGCCAUUUACGUCCGCAUGUGAUAUUUAACUUCUAAAGUUAUUUAUGUAUAUAGAAUUCAGUUUCAUCGCCGGGUAACACUUUGUUACAUUCCAAAAUUAUUUUCCAGCUGCAACGACUCAGUGACUCCUGUUGUAUUAUGUUACUGAUGUAUUGAAUGGAAAUAAAGUGUAUAGAAGUUUAA